AUGCCGCUAGCAAUUGAAGUGGCCGAUGAGUCCCAUCUUCCUUGCCCAGCUUGGGUUUGGUCAAACCUAUCUAACGUCCAUGUUGCGAAAGAUCGAUCCUGGUUCGGUAAUGAUUACACUCCUUUCGAGUCGUUCUUGGAAGAUGGUCUCAUCAAAGUCAUCGGAGUUGGAACAGUCGACCUUCCUGUCAAGCUCGGCCCGGACUCACAUAGUAUCCUCCGUUUGGAAAACGUGCUGCACGUCCCUAACAUGUUUUGCAACAUUGUUGGAGAUCUCACCAGGCAUGGUUACGGAAUGUUGGUUAACAAGUUCGUCGACGAAUGGACCAAUCAGACUGUAGCCCAUUUAACUGUAGACCAUGAUCUCUGGGUGGUUGUCCUGAGUGAAUUCCCGCACGGGCCUCGAGUUGGACCUUCACCAUUCGAGAAAUCCACAUGCUAUUCUAUCAGCGCCACCUGGCCUGAAACUGAGCGAUUGCGAUUCGAGGCUCUGAAGCAGCCGCGGCCUGCCUUGCAAGACCAACCAGUUCUCAAAUCUCUCACAUCGGACGAGCAGAAGAGACUCGAAAAGAAGGCCGCAUGA